GUGAGAGCGGAACAACCGUAUCAAAAUUUAUAGCGCGCAGCUGGAAUUGACUAUGGAAUAUUGUUCAGUAGACCUGAAACUAAAAUUAUACGCUGCUGCGGUAAGUAUAGAGCUGAAUUGUAUAAUUUUGUCUUAGAUACAGAAUGCACACAUCUUGGCAGGUGAAAUGGAUUUAGCUAACUUGCAGCUGGCAUUCAAAAUGACAUCCGAGUUGCAACAACGUGUUAUUGAUUUAAUGCGCAAACAAGAAAGACAUCUUAAAAAUUUGGAAGCCUUUAUGAAUAUAAAGAAAGAAGGUAAUAUGUUUCUUGGGGCUGCUCAGUAAUUUAUUUUCAGACACAUAUCCAGCAGGUGUUAUGGAAAUAGAUAAAGAAGUCUCGCAGAGUAUGGAGACAGAUAUGGAUGCACGACAUAACCAUUACGAUGAAAGUCAAAACAGUGAAGUUAUAGGCAGUGAAAAUAUUGAAAAUGGGGAGGCAAUAAAUGACAAUCAGCAUUUGUGUGAACUGUCAAACCAUGUAGUCAAUAAUACAGUACCUACUAACAGUCAGACGAGUAGUAUAUGUGAAACGCUUACACCAAGUACUUCCACCUCAGAGGAAGCAUGGAAACCAUUAAGUCAGAAACACAAAUUGAGAUCUAUAGAAUCCCUUUGUGAAGUUAUGCUUCUUGAUGGUAUUCCUAUACCUUUCACCAAUGAAAACACGGAUUGUGUUGCCUGUAAACUAAGAAAUCACGUGCAAACUGAAACGGUAAUCAGGAUGGUUUGUGCAGCGUGCCCAGAAUUUCCUCGGCUUUGUUCAGCACAAUGUUUUCGAUGGUGGCACAAUGUUCAUUUACCGGCACUCCGUAAUAAACCAAGAGCAAUAAUCGACAGGGGAUUUAUUGCAAAAGUGAAUGUAAAUAAUUAACAAUAUAUUCUUU